UUACUUUCGUGUCGUCAGACGUUAGUUCCUCAUUUUGCUGCUUUUGUUUUUAAAACUUUUGAUUUUUUUCAAAGAAGCUCACUAGGUUCCAUAAAAUGCCUAAAAGAAUCCUCAAUCUUCUGUUGCUAUUCAUAGCAGCCCUAACCCCAUCAGCCUUAGCAGGAACAGCAUUUUGUAGAUUCGAACACACUUCAAGGUACCAAAGUGACUUGUUAACUGAUGAAAUCACUGGAUACAUGUGCAAUUUAGACUUGGACAUUAAAGGUGAUCGUGUAAAUGACGUCGGUGGAUACCAUGAAGGUGGAGAACAUGACAAUCAAGUUGAUAUAAUCAAGGUCCUGCCAGAUUUUUACAGCUACUUAACAUCAUUUCCUGAAACAUUUUGUAAAAGGUUCAAGAAAUUGGAAAUUAUCGACAUGAGCAGCACAGAAAUUGCAACAAUCGAAGAUAACUCGCUGAGUCUGUGUAAGGAUUUGAGAAUCUUGCAGUUCUACAUGAACAAAAUUGAAAUAAUUCCAGAAAAAUUGCUAGCUGAGAACACAAAGUUGUUGCGACUUUACAUAACCUUCAAUUCCAUUAAAACUUUGCCAGAAAAUCUACUAAAUGGAUUGAAGGAAUUGAAAAUAUUGGACUUGUCCUACAAUAAAAUUGACAAUUUACCCGAAAAUAUCUUACGUGGCCUCGCAGACCUCAAAGAUCUCAACCUAGAAGGAAAUCAAAUCGAAGAUCUUGGAGAAAAUUUAUUCGAUAGUCUAGAAAACUUGGAAACGCUCAAUCUCAACAGCAAUGAAAUUUUUGACUUACCAGCUGGAAUUUUUAACGACUUAAAAAGUCUAAAGCAGUUUUAUAUCCAACAGAACAAGCUGACAAUCAUCCAUGCUGACUCAUUUCCUCAAAAUAUUCAACUUGACAUUGUGUCAUUCUCAAAAAAUCAAAUCGAAGCAAUUGAUGAAUUGUUUAUUGAACGUUGUGGAGUAUCUAGCAUCAAAAUGGGAGGAAACAUCUGUGACCGAUCAAAUUUAAUCAAAAAUAGGGACAUAAAAAAGAGGUUGAAUGCAUGCUUUGAGGGAUAUAGAAAUAAAAUGGAGCUUAAUGCUGCAGAGGAAAGGGAAUUGGUCACACAACCUACCACUACGACUACUUAUAAACCAAAAAUGACAACUCCUAGACCAACGACAAGCAGAACCACAACAAGGUCUACAACCAGAAAAACAACUGAAUCAACAACGAAACGGACUUUGCCAAGAAUAACAACCGCAGAACCAAAGACCAAUAAUCAGCAGCUUGUCCCAUGGAUUCAGCCAUGCGGAAUAUCAAAAGCUCCUGUCCAGAAUAUCAUAUUAGGAACUACAGUUAUUAAAGGAACACAUCCAUGGAUUGCAGUCUUGGUCGACAAAAAUGGCAAUUAUUUCUGUGGUGGAACUCUUAUUUCAAAAAGAUUAGUCGUUACUGCUGCCCACUGUGUAUUUGGGAAAAAUUCAGUCGAGAAGACACCCGGUGACUUUGUAGUCUUAUUAGGAGCUCAUCAACUUGACAAUGAAAACGAAGUUGGUCGAAAAACUCAUUUAGUAUCCAACAUCCGAGUUGAUAGAAACUGGAACCCGAAUUCAAAAAAAUUUGAUGCUGACAUUGCUGUUUUAGAAUUAAAUGAGGAAGCAAAGUUCGGCACGUGGAUUCAACCAGUUUGUCUACCAAAGAUCAGCGCACCACUCAAGAAUUUCAAAUUUGGCGAAGUCGUUGGAUUCGGAAAGACUGAAAAGGAAGGAACACACUCAAAUUUUCCAAUGAAAGCCAACACACCAAUUCGAAAGUCUGAUGACUGCUACAACGAAUAUCCAACUCUAUUAAAUAUUGCAAGUCACAAAACAUUUUGCGGUGGCUUCGCUAAUGGAACUGGUGCGUGCACAGGUGACAGUGGCGGUGGAUUGACUGUCGUUCAAGAUGAUGUUCAUUAUUUGAGAGGAAUUGUGUCUGCGUCACUACAUGGAACCGACUAUGAAUGCAAUGUUGAGUCAUACUCAAUUUUUACUGAUAUUCGAUAUUAUUUUAAUUUUAUUAAAAAUGUUUAAAAUUAAUUAA